AAUGUUCAUUAAUCCAAAAUUCAAGAUCAAUGCCAAUCAUGAUGCGAUCAUGUUUAGUAUUUAUUUCAGAUGAAAUACCUUUGAUUUUAUUUCAGUUGUGGUCAAGAAGUUCAUUGUAAGUGAUAAAAUGAAAUCAACUCUUGAAAUAUUUCUUUUUUCUUUAGUUUCUUUGACUACUUUGUUCAUCUCUAGUUUCGCCUUGGAACCGAUUGAUAUUGCCCAUGAAAAUUGUGCCAUUUUACCUGGAUCUAUUCAUGUAGUCAAAGAGGAACUCGAUGUGGCUGGUAAUGUAAUUAGAUCAUGUGAAGGCGAUUUCUUGGUCAACAAAUGUGAAGGAACUUGUGUCUCAUCAUUGCAACCAAGCGUUGUCCAUUCAAGCGGCUUUCUUAAGAAAUGUAAUUGUUGCCGAGAAUCCAGAAUGAAAAGUCGUUCAAUUCGAUUGAGUCACUGUUUUGAUCCAGACGGGAAAAAGACGACUGGUGAAAAAGGGUCCAUGGAGAUUGAAAUGGAGGAACCUGAAAGUUGUCAUUGCCUUAAAUGCUCACCUUAAUCGGUUAACAUCUUGAGCUCAGUCAAUCUCACACUAUGUAACUGACCAUUCCGAUUCAAAAUAUUACUCAUUUCUUCAUAUGAAAGUCAUUUAACCAUCUUUGUUGCAAAAGAAUUAAUUUAAUUUAAUAUCAAUUUACCAUUAAAAUGCUAAAUUAAUCACUGGGGAAGUUAAUUAUGGAAUCUGUCUUAAACUUACCUGAAAUUAUGGUGUUAAGUACUUCAUCAGUUGACGAUACCAAUUAUGCUAAACUUGUAAAGAUUCAGUAAAUUAGUAAAAUUAAUUGAUUUUUA